AGUCAGAAAGAACUUGGCAUCAAGAACCAGAAAGAGGCCAAUGUGUCUGGAGGAGGGGGGUCUCGGUGAAGCAUAUUUCUGUGGCUUUCACACUAAAACCUUGGUCUCUGACUUCCUUCACAGAGCAGUUCACUGUGCGUAGCUCCAGGAGCCUCCAGGUGGUCCUGGUAGGCGGGCACACUGAGCUCAGCUGCCAGCUUUCCCCACCACAGAGUGCGGAACACAUGCAGGUGGGCUGGUAUCGGGAUCACUACCAGCCGAUUUCCGUUUACAAGAAGGAGAAAAAACUCUCUGGAAAAAGCACUCAGAACUAUACAAAUCACACAGUGCUCCUGAAGGAUGCCCUGGGAGAGGGCAAAAUGACCCUCAGGAUCCAUAAUGCCAGUAUUACUGAUGAGGGGAAGUACCACUGUUUCUUUAAAGAUGGUGACAUCUCUGAAGAGGCCGUCGUGGAUCUGAAGGUAGCAG